UGUAUAUGGCACAUAUCAAUUUUUAGUUAAUCUUCUUAACAUCUUAGAACUGUUGCAAGGCAUAUUAUCCUUCCCUAAUUACAUUGUAACUAUGCUCCCCAUAAGCUGUGUUUGGGGUUUCCUUCGGGCCAUAUUUCUGAAUGCUGUACCACAUGUAUUUUAAGCUGGAGUGAGAGGGACUCAUUGCAACUUUUGGAAAUCUAAAUGAAAAGCUGUAUAUGUCACAUGUGUAAAAUUGGACUCUACAUUUUGUCAGUGAGUGUUAUACUAUGUUUUGAAAUACUGAGAGUAUAUGUGAGAGGUGAGUAAAUGCAUUACUGGUUUUCAAAAAAAAGGCCAUUCAUCCCUUUUUUCUUUUCAUUUCUUAGGUUAAAGUUGACUGGAAUUUUGUUUUUCUCUUCAUUUCUGUGUUGAUUAAAGAGUAUUUCUUGUCACUUUUGAGAGAUUUCCAUUCUGUGAUGCAAUAGCAAAUACAGAGCUUAGUUAUCAGCAUCAAAUCCACCUUCCAUCCCCCCUCCUUUCCCCUGUGCCUGACUCAAAUCUGAGUGAUGCAGUACAUAACAUCCUUGAGUUUUCCUGUGUGGAUUUUAUGCCAUAUGGCAGGUUAGUCACUUACCACAACAGACUUAUAAUGGGGAGGUGGGGGAGAAAGGAAGUUCAGGAAAAUAUGAAUGUGAUCCUCAGAUUUAUACACUAGAAAAUAAAAUUAGAAAAAAGAAAUUCCAAUGUGCCCUUUCCACUUGACAGAUGUCCAUGGCAGAAUGUGAGGUGGUUUUGUAUUUUUCCUAACAUAGUUCUGUUUUUCUUUAAGGAAAAAAAAAUAAUAAAAGGGAGAUGAUUUUAAACAGCUAUGUUCAAGGUGUUACAUUCAUGCAUAACUUACUCACCAAACUAUUCUCUCUCCAUAGAUUUUUGAAGCUGUGCUGUAUUUCAUGUGAUAAAGAUCUCAGUACCAAUUAAAUUCCUGAAGACCUGCCAGAUCCUGUUGGCUAAAAUGGGGAUUUGCCAGGCCCCAGGUUCUGAGUUGCAAAGAGGAAGCAAUACAAAUAUGACUCAGUUAAAGGAGUGGAGACUUCUGUAAGACAUGGAUAGAUGUAAACAUGUAGGGCGGUUACGACUCGCCCAGGACCAUUCUAUCCUGAAUCCUCAGAAGUGGCACUGCAUGCAGUGUAACACCACAGAGUCUGUCUGGGCAUGUCUGAAGUGCUCUCAUGUGGCCUGUGGACGAUACAUUGAGGAACAUGCAUUUAAACACUUCGAAGAAACCAGACACCCAUUGGCUAUGGAAGUCAAUGAUCUCUAUGUGUUCUGUUACCUUUGUGAAGACUAUGUUUUGAAUGAUAAUCCUGAAGGGGAUCUGAAACUGCUCAGAAGUACUCUCUCAGCAAUUAGGAGCCAGAAGCAGGAUCUGUCUGUGAGGAGUGGUAGAAUGCUUCGGUCGAUGGCUUCAGGAGAGGACGUGUUCCAACCUCAGCAGGCUCCUCAGGGACAGCCCCAGAUGUUGACAGCUCUGUGGCACCGGCGCCAGUGUCUGCUGGCUAAAGCGCUGAGGAUCUGGUUUGAAAAGAGCACCAGAGGCCAACAGAAACUGGAGCAAAGAAAGCAAAUAGAAGAGUUAGAGAAGAAAAAAGAGGCUGCAAGGCAGCGGAGGCAAGAGAUGAAGCGCCGCCUCCUUGAGGAGCUGGCCAACACCCCCCCCAGGAAAAGUGCAAGGCUACUUUCUCAUGUUCACCAAGCGAAUUUGAUUCCCAGGAAAUUCAGAGAGAUAGCAACAAAUUCCCCUACCUCAAGAAGAGUGCAGAGCAGCAAAUUCAAGCCGUUUUAUUCCAUCCGCCGUAAGCCAAUGGUGACUCCUGGUGUAACAGGUCUGCGGAACCUGGGUAACACCUGUUACAUGAACUCUAUCCUUCAAGUGCUCAGUCAUCUCCAGAAGUUCAGAGAAUGUUUUCUGACCCUUGACCUCUGUGAAACAGAAGAACUGCUUGCCAAAACAGCCAAUGGGAAGUCUCAGAUGUCAGGUAAAUUGGCAAAUGGAUCUGCUGCUGAUGAGUCAGCGAGAAAUGACAGAAUUGAGCCAUGCAGUAGGCAGGGCUUACUCACUGGCUUGAAUGGUGGGUCCUCCAUAAACAGGAGCUUAGAACUAAUACAGCCUAAGGAGCCAAGUUCAAAGCACAUUUCUCUCUGUCAUGAAUUACAUACCCUCUUCCGUGUUAUGUGGUCUGGGAAGUGGGCGCUGGUGUCUCCAUUUGCCAUGCUCCAUUCUGUUUGGAGCUUGAUCCCUGCCUUUCGGGGCUAUGACCAGCAAGAUGCUCAGGAGUUUCUCUGUGAGCUACUGGAUAAAGUCCAGCAGGAGCUGGAAUCAGAGGGAACCAAGCGUCGGAUCCUCAUCCCCUUCUCCCAGAGAAAACUCACCAAGCAAGUUCUGAAGGUGGUGAACACAAUAUUUCAUGGGCAGCUGCUCAGUCAGGUCACAUGCAUAACAUGCAAUUACAAAUCCAAUACCAUUGAACCCUUCUGGGAUCUGUCCCUGGAAUUCCCUGAGCGCUAUCAUUGCAUAGAAAAAGGGCUUGUCCCUUUUAACCAGACUGAGUGCAUGCUGACGGAGAUGUUGGCCAAAUUCACAGAGACAGAGGCCCUGGAAGGAAGGAUCUACGCAUGUGACCAGUGCAACAGCAGACGGCGUAAAUCCUCUCCCAAACCCCUGGUUCUGAGUGAAGCUAGAAAGCAGUUAAUGAUCUACAGACUACCUCAGGUCCUCCGGCUGCACCUUAAACGAUUCAGGUGGUCUGGACGUAAUCACCGUGAGAAGAUUGGGGUCCAUGUCGUCUUUGACCAGGUAUUAACCAUGGAACCUUACUGCUGCAGGGACACUCUCUCCUCUCUUGACAAAGAAACCUUUGCCUAUGACCUCUCCGCAGUGGUGAUGCAUCACGGGAAAGGGUUUGGCUCAGGACACUACACAGCAUAUUGCUACAACACAGAGGGAGGUUUUUGGGUCCACUGUAACGACUCCAAGCUGAAUGUAUGUAGUGUCGAGGAAGUGUGCAAAACCCAGGCCUACAUCCUUUUUUACACUCAAAGAACAGUGCAGGGCAAUGCAGGAAUCUCUGAAACCCAACUCCAAGCUCAGGUGCGGUCCAGCAACAGUGAUGAGGACAGAAGACUGACAUUCCCCUGAAGGGAUCAUGGGUCACCCAAUGACCUCUGGCUUGUUUUUGAAACCAUCGGUGUUCAUACAUCUUUCCUCUUUGUAGGAAUUAAGGCUGACUGAAGAAACAGAUUUGCCAUACUCUGGGGUCAAGAGUAGGAGUUGUCAGGCUAUUCAGUCCUGUCAUGAAAAUCUGUAGUCAGUUUCUUUUUAAUGUAUUUGGAUAUUCCCCACCUUCCAUAAAACAGAACAAAAGGAACAGCCUCUUCAGUCAUCAUCCUUUAUCAAUUUCUCUCCGUUAUAAAAGGGAACCUGGUAUAGGGAGAUAGAUGUAAAACAAUGAUGUCCAACAAGGAUAGAAGCCUUGUUGUCAUCUCCAUUAUGCCUUUUUCUCCCUCCUAAUCGGUGCAAACCAGCACCAUGAGCAGGUACAGUCCCAGCUAAUGGUUAUUCCCAGGUGAGGAGGAGUCCUGGACUUGAGCCAACUGCCUUAUCAGGCCGGUUACCCAGGGCUGAGGCUAGAUAACACAUGUCUCAGGCCUGGGUAGUUGGGUAGUUUGCAGUUUAAGGAUUUGGUUCUGAAAAGCAGAGGAUUUGGAGAGAUGGGUACUAGGCAUGUGUCAAUCCAGAAUAAACACUUGGCUGGGGAAUCACUUCAAUUGUGCACUAAAAGGAAAAAAAGAAACCACAUGAAGAGUGCCCAUGGAACAUUUUUUUUUUAAUCUUAAAAAAAAAAUGUCACUCCAGGCAGACAAACUCUGGAAUUUUCUUAAGCUGUUUUGGGUGGGUAGAAUAUAAACCAAGAUCCCUACAUGAAGCAAAGGCAAUAGUCACUUUAUACAUGCAAGUAGGCUUUAGAAGGGUCCUACCCAUUGCUUAUUUGUGCAGCACCUCUGGGCUGCCUGUUGCUUCAUUUAGUGGCAGAAAGGGUAGCUCCCAUAGGGAUGCAACAAGAUCAGUAAAGGCCGUCCAUUGCACUCCACUCCUUACCUCACUGCUGAAGCAAGUCUUAGAGCUGUAGAUCUAAAUCAUGGACCUAAGAUCUAUAAGUCUGUCCUUGGGUCAGCCAUGUAUUCCUAGGCUUCCCCAGAAGUCAGACCAUUGGGAAUGGGGAAGCCCUUCAGUCUGGUGUUUAACUUGAAUGGUUUUUGACUCACUGACAGUACUGACAUUCGAAAAGAGCGUGGGCCUCCAUUGCACACUUGAAGAUUUUGUAUCAUUCUGAGGAGUGGCAGUUGCUCAGCAACCUGUUCCCACUUUGGCUGUGCAGCUUGCAGCUUCUGGGCCUGGCCAGAUCCCUCCUAAAUUUCUUGGGAAUUCAAGAUCACUUAGAGCAUACGACCUGUCAGAGAAUUAAAAGCUGAUGUGACCUAGGUGCUGGUGAAAUGUACCUUACUCCUUAAAUUGGAUCUGUAGCAAAAAAUUAGAAUGAAAUUUCACAGGUUGACCUUAAAUGCGAAUGUACCCUACUUAAUAGCCAGCCACCACUGAGCUUACCUUCUGAGCCCUUUGGCUGUGGCAACCCUAUUGAAAGUCAAUUGCAAACCAUAACAACAGCAUUGUAGCUGUUGCUGCAGUGAAUGAAGCCUCAGCUUAUCACUAUGAAUACUCAUCUUUUGACUGAGUAUAUCACAUUAAUAUUUGAAUUCAGGUAGAGGUACAGCUGUCAUUUGAAUGGAGUAAGUGUGGA